CAUGGUACCGAUGCGGGCCCAGUAUAGUUUUGGUCCGUCGACGAAAGGAGGGAAAUCCUUUAGUUUCGUUUUGGCGCGUCGAGCCGCUCAACUUGCGCGCGCUUGCUCGCUCGGAGAGGGAGAGAGAGACUCCACCCGGUCCUCUGCCCACCCGCGCUACGGCCCUCGUGCUCGGCGGCGAGAAGGCGAAGGAUGGCAGCGGCGGAGGACGCAGAGGGCGACCGCGUGAUUGAGGUCGUGUCAGCGGGGGCACUCUACCACCGCGGCGGCGACUGGGAGCGCAAAUACUGGAGCUGCUCGAGGGGCAAGGACCGGUACCCUUACCCAGUGGGUUACCAUGCCGUCCGCCAUUUUACUGGAAUAUCCUAUGCUAUGGAAAUCCAACAGGGACCUAGAGGUCCAAUAUUCCUGGUUACAUCCACCGAAGGAGAUACAGCGAUAGGGCAGACCCCUGAUAUCGCUUGGAAGAACUUCCAGAAAAAGACUGGGGCUAAAGUGAAGAACUGGCAGAGGAGAAAGAGCUUCCCUCAAAGGAUUGAUGGUGCUGAGCUUUUUGGGUUCAAAAAUGCAUCUAUUCAGAGAUUGCUUCGUGAGCUUAUAGUAGAUUCAACUGGAGCAGUUGAACUUAACGAGCCUUGUGAAGUCACUUCUGAGGCUGGUGCACAUUUAGUUUGUAAAGAUGCAUCUGAUGUUUCUGAGGCUGAAGAUCCAUCCGUUUGCUUAGGCAUGGAAAGUGGAACUCCUAAAAGAAGUAUAGAGCCCAGCCAGGUGGAAAAUACCUUGGCAGUCCACUACCCGGACAUGUUAACAGCAGUUGAUAAGUGCAAUGUAUCCACACAUAAAAAUACAAAUGAAGGAGAUACUGUAGGUAGAGCACUGUUGCAAGAUGUCUCUGAUUCAAGAUGCACACUUCCAUUGCUGGAAGAAGUCCCUAAGAAUGCACAAUCCACUUCUCUUGAUGAUAAUUUGGGAGAGUCUUCUCUAGUUUCAUCUCAACAAGUUGGUUUAUCUUCUGGUUCUUAUUUGAACUCUGAAAAGUCUGAUAUAGAAUUGGCUGAGAAGGAAGUAGCAAAGUCUAUGAUGUCUAUUUUGCUUCCCCAAGCUAUUCCCCUUCUCAUGAAAAGUUACAAAAGGAAGAAAUUCAAGCAUAAAAAUAGAGAAAACUCUACUGUUUCAGUGAAAACAGUUUCAGCUUACAAUCCAUCUGAUAGUUGCUGCCGAGGUGUGACUGUACCAACAAUUGUGGGUGAAGGUACAAAUGGAAAUAGUUCUGAAAUGUGUGACCAUGGGGGAUCUCAUCAUGACAAGGUUAAAAAUGGCUUUGCCAAUGAGGACUGCAGAAAUGACGACUUAGUGGUUAAAUUAGAUGAGAUGAAUGAUUAUGUUGCAGAUAGUUUUGAGGAUGAUGCACAAAUUUUGGGCGACAACACAACAAAAUCAAUGGGUAACCAUCAUCAUUAUUCUGAGUAUGUGCUCUCUAGGGGGCCUAAUGAGAAGUCAAAGCUGCUAAAUGGUAAAAGUGAAGUUUUUGAGUAUCAGGCUAGUGUGCAUAAUGGCAAAAGGGCACCUGAUGUGGUAUACAAUCAUGAAAAUGGACAAUAUAUGUUGUCUGAUUCGCUUGUUGCUUGUCUAGAGGAUGAGUUCGGUGGGGAAGAUAGUUCCCACCCUGCAAACUACAACCAGUUUAAUGGCGAUGUUAAACAAUUCGAGCAGCAAUUUAAGGAGCUUACAGCUGUUAUAAAAAAUGGCUCAUCAGUUCCGGUGGAUGUUUCAUACCACAAGAACACUGAUAAUGGAUCAAUUAAUGUUUGUGCACAAGCUUUUGCUAGAAAUGGUCCAGGAGUUUCGAGGAAUGAGGAGUGUUUAGCAAAUAUCUUGCCUGCUCCAGUUCAUUCUAAUGCACAUAAUGAUGCUGUAACGAGUGGUAAGCAUGAUGUGAGUUCAACUUUGAAUUUGCCACCUGCAUGUGAGGCAAAAUCUACUUUGUUGGUCAUGCGAGAUGGACAACAUCAUACUGAAGUGCCAGCAAUUGAUCAGAAGGAAAAUAGGUUCCACAGUGUAAGCUACAAAUGCACAAAAUCUGAUGAUAAUACUAGUUUUCAUUCUGAGAAUGUUGAGUUUGUUGACAAACAUGUUGCUUUUGAGUCACCAGACAAUGGCAUGUAUUCUAGUGAUGGUUCACAAAGAGCAAUCACCACUGAAGGUUGGCCUGCUGGUGAUGGAGUUAAAGCAGAUGAAGAAAAUCUGCUUGGCAAAGUGGAAGAAUGUCAAAUUAGAUAUAAAAAUGGUAAUAAGAACACAAUACUAUCUGUCUAUGGGGAAGGUAAUGUUUGUGAACACAUACCUACAAAGGGUGAAAAUGAUGUUUUUCAUCACCAACCAUCUCAUGCCCUUUCUACGACUAAUUGUACACAUGGUUUAGUAUCUGAAGACAGAACACAAGCAAGGCCAGAUCAUCACCUAGAGCUGGUGGGAUGCUACCUGCAUCCAAUGCCUGUCUUGUCUGUCAUGUUAAACACUAAAAAUCAUAACAGCCUCUAUAUUUAUGUAUUGUGUGGCCUUUUGGAGAGCUGCCAAAGGUUCCUUUAUGUUUACUCUAUCAAUCCCAAAGACCAGAAAGAUGUGUCACCAUGUUUUGUUGGUUACACUCCCCUUGUACUGCCCACCUUGGACCAUUCUUCAACAGGAAAUUUUCUGUUUGGAAGAUCUGGUUUGCAUUUUACACCUGAUGGCCAGUUUCUGGUCCUCCUGAGCAGCAUCAAAAUACCUUCUUGCAGGAUGCAAAACAUUGAUUGCUUGUGCCCAGUCUGCAACUUGUGUCAAUGUGAAGAUAAUUCUUUAAAAAUUGUAUCUGUUAACUCGGGCUAUGCUUCACUUGUAACCAAUUUGAUGCCUUAUGGGACAGUGUCGUGCAUUCUGAUAUUUGAACCAAAUUACAUUGUAGCUAUUGAAGACAGCAGAAACCUGCAUAUCUGGGAAAUGGUUGAUGGGUGGAGUGAGAUAUCUGAGCAGUAUAUGAUUCCUAGUUUGGGUAACAUGGGUCCUAUACUGGAGCUUACAAGGAUGCCAAAAAACACAUCUCUCAUUAUUGGCCAUGAUGGCGAAGGCGGUUUUUGUUUGUGGGACAUCUCCAAGCGCACACUAUUGGCGACUUUUGCAGCUCCAGGAAACACUGUCUUCCAGAUUCUGCCAGUUGGCUUAUGUAGUUUGCAGGAGGAUAUUAUUCAUGCUCCAGUUGAUGACAUAGAUAAAAAUCUACAAGUGAUCACAGUCGGUGACUUGUACAGAAAAAAUGUCAGGGUGAACUUUGUGACGCCGCCAAGACAAGAUAUAGCAGUUUGGGUCCUGAUUUCUUGUGCUUCUGUGGCUGAGUAUCAACAUGAUCUUCAAGCCAAGGAAAACAGUGCACGAUGGAGGUUUGCUCUGUUAGCGAAGAAGAGAGUUUUUAUCGGAAAUGUUUUGGAUACAAGAAUUACUGCUUUAGAUGCCUGCGGUAACUACGGAUACGCUGGGACACAUGGUGGUCUGCUGUAUCUGUGGGAAUUGUCUUCGGGGAGAAAAGUGACGGGAACACAGUGUUUCAACAGUGGACGAGUCUCCUGUGUUUCUGUUGAUUCCAAAUCAGGUGCAGUGGCAGUGACUGAUGGUGGAUGCCAUGUAUUACUCUACACACAGGACAAGGUACAGGCGGCUGAUGACGGAGCAGAUGGGCGCAUACCUGUUUAAGAUGAAUAAAAGUAGUCAUUGUGGCAAGCUAAUAGAAGUUCUGCAAUUUUGUAUAUAAUGCUUACAUUUUGCUGUGUCUAUGAGGUUUUGGUCUGUUGCACUUAUUUUUUCUUAUGCAACACAGCAAGGAUAGUUUGCUGUAUGUUGCUCCAUCUGCUUGACCUGUUAAGUACACUGUAGAUGUCUAUGUCAGCAGGUAUGUAUCCUCUUUGUGAAUAUAGACGAUAGAUGCUGUAACACCAGACUCAAGGGCCAGGAAGCAUGAUUAAAAACUCGCCAGACCUUCGUGCCUUGCUGGUCCUUUCAGCUAGAGAGGUUGGCUUUCUU